GAUGCUUUACAAUGAUGAUACACAAUACAAUAUACAAUAAUCAAGAACACAAUCACCUGUAAACAACAACAACACCAACAUAAUCACCUGCAAUCAAUGCAAUUUAAAUUUCUGUCCUCAGAUCCCACAUACCACUAUCCUACCUUGAAAUGGUUUAAACAAUACAAUGAUUACAUCAGCAAAGCGUGUUCUAGGUGUUGUAGUUGUUGGGGUGGUGCUGGCGUCAUGAUGUAUUGAUAGUGGUCGCAUGGACCCAAUUGUUGAGACAGAAUAACCUCAAACUAAACUUUCCGUUGACGCUUGCUAUGAGAGCUGUUCACACCCGGAUGUCUCAAAACCUUCAAAGAAAAAACCCUGAGAUGUUUCCAUUGCAGCUAACCAAUCGCUGCACGUAUGUCCUUUAAUGGUGCUGUGGAUGGGCACAUCGUAACGGAAACAUGCGUCAAAGACCUGCUUCUCUGUCAGUCAGCGUCAGACCUGGAGAUGGACAGGCUGUGUCUGUGUGUCGCUCUGACUGCACUCUUCUGUGCUGCUUCCUGUGGAGAGACAGGGGUCUCUGGAGCCGAGGUGGAGCAGAGAGUCAGACCAGGAGACAACGUUACUCUCCACUGUGUCUGCAGAGUAUCAACUGGGGUGUACGUAGUGUGGUACAGGAACUGCUCUCAUAGGAACCAGCCUACUCUGGUCAUGUACACAUAUAAUAACGACAAAAACAUGUUCCUUCAAUAUGACCAAGUUCUUAACCCCUUCCCUGGUUUUACUCUGGUGUGGAACAAGUCCAACAACACCUAUGAUCUCCUGAUUGAGAACGUGACUGAGUCUGACCUGGGACUCUACUACUGUGGAACUGUGGAGAGAAGGGUGGUGGAAACAGAAAUGAUAAAACAGGAGACGAUCUAUCUUUAUGGAGAUAUAACCAUCAGUCUUUCAUUUGUUCCAGAGCCGGCUCCUUCAGAGCCAGCCAGUCAUCCUGAUCCAGAGAAGGAUCUAUACCGGAUCCUGCUGCUCACUCUGUGUCCUGGCUGUGCUCUCUUCUCCUCCAUCCUCUCCUCCAUCCUGGUCUACCACUACUGCUGCAGGACGAUCGCUUCAAAGGAACCUCAAGGAGAUUGCAGGACUGACACCAGGAGGAGAGAGAGCAGAGUGCAGGGACCUCUGACCUCCAGCAGGAAGGAGACCAGUGUUACGCUGCGCUGGAUUUCCCCCAGGGACAGAGGAUACCACAGAAGAAGAGUAGGACUCAGAGCUCUGACUUCAGUACCUACUCAGCCAUCAAGACUAGUGGGGUCUGAGGAGAGGGAGAAGCACUUGCAGCACCAACCAUGACCACAAGGGGGAGGGAGAGGGAACAUAAAACAAUUUGUUGAAAUUACAACAAAACUAGUUGGCUUAUUGAGAUAGACAUUGCUUUUUUUGAUCCAAAGACUGAGUCAAUAAGCAUUUGUACAAUAAAUUUUUAUAGUGUGUAUAAAUAUAAAUGUUUAAAGAAUACAGUGUUAUGUUCAGCGACACCUGUUACAAUAAACGACACAAUUAUUACAUUUAAAUGUGUUGUUCUAAAGAAAUACUGGCUCCAAUAUGGAGUUCAAUUAUAUUUUUGUGGAAUUGUAUGUAUCACUGUUUAUAGUCAAAGAUCCUAUUUUGAUCCUAAUAAGUCAUAUUUUAAGAGUUUUUUUUUUAUACCUUAAGCAAUGUUUUGGAUAAUUUUUAUUCAUUGUGAUCGGUUUGUUCUUUUUUUCUGUACAACAACGAGAAUAAACGCACUGUGUAUUCAAGUAUAGACUACUGUAAGUGAAAUAGUACAAUUUUAGUUUACUUUUGUUAUACUUUCAGGAAAUGAACUUUAAAAAACAGUUUACUUGUAUGUACUUUUAAGAUGUACAUUUAGAAAACUGCUUUUUUUAAACUAAAAACGUAUGAGUAUACUAACAAACAUUAUAAAUGUAUAAAUAUGUUGUUAAAUUACUUUCAUUCUACUAUUUUAUUACACAGCACAGGGCUGU